UGUAAGCACAUGAUAAAGUAUUGCGCAAUCCUUUGCUCCACGACAAAGAAGUCUGUUGUGUCCUGUAUUCGCUGGUUUGCAUUUCGUUUCAGCACUGUGGGAUUCAUUGAUCCGGAACCUUGUCUUGUUAGAAUUGAUGACUGUUUACAUAACUUAUAAUAGUAUGGAUACAACAAAGAAUGUUCAUUUUUAUUCAUUCUUAAUAGCCUCCCAAGUGUGUUAUUUCAUGUAGGAACAACUCUUUGCUCUGUGUUGCUAAUUAAAGCAGUUGUUCACUGUAGUGAGCGAUCUCCAACUCCUAUUAGAAUUCAAAAAGUGAGAUGAAGUCUAUGGAGGACUCCAGUCUAAAACACAUGAAUUUGUACCACUGAAUAUUUGUUCUGCUUUCUCAAGAACAGCAAGCGGAGAGGGGGUUUGUGUUUGGAUUUUAAAGCUUGUCUUGUCUUGUGUGUGACAGGUGGCCUCACUGGACGAGUGCUUUAUGGUGAGUGAGCCCCUGGGAGUGGUGUUGAUCGUUGGCUCCUGGAGUUCCCCUGUCUAGCUGAACCUUGUCCCUUUGGUUUGGGCUACUGGUCAGCAGGUGAUGCAGGCCGUGGCUCGCUCGCUGACCCCAGUCACUCUGGUUCUGAGAGGGAGGAACCCAUGCUACAUGGACUGGGAAUGUGAUGUCGCCAUUGUUGCACAGCACAUCGCAUGUGCAUGCUUCCACAAUGCCGGGCAGUGCGACGUGGCUCCUGACUUUGUGCUGUGCCACGCUGAGGUGCAGGCCUGUCUGGUCCUGGCACUGCGCUCCUGUCUGCUGCAGUUCUACGGCCCUGAGCCAUGCCAUUCCACCAGCUUCGGGCGACUGGUCAACGCAGAGCUCUUCACCCACGUCCAAGACCUGCUGCUGGCCAGCGGGAAAGUGGCUAUAGGUGGCGAGAUGGAUGAGACAGAGAAAUACAUUGGUGAGCAACUAUUACUUACUCCUCUGCUGCUUUACCAGCAUGGUGAAUUUGUCUUUGAUUGCUGUGGUCUUCUUGGGUGGCACCAACAGGUGGUCUGAAGUAAUUUCAGUGUUGCUUUUGUACAUUUUCUGCAGACGUCCAAGUUCAGUUAAAUUGGCCCUCCUUGAAACGUUACUGGGUUAUGAUCCAUACUGGGAAAAUAAAUAACGACUUAGUAAUGUGGAAGUGUGUCUCCUGCUUGGAGAUGAGUGUUCCUGCCAGUUUAUCAAGUUCAGCUCUUGGUGCUUUCCUGGUGUUUAUUCAAAGCCCCCACAGUGCUGACAGAAGUCCUGGAGUCAGACCCAGCCAUGCAGCAGGAGAUUCGGGGACCAGUUCUACCGAUCAUAACCGUCUCCAGCGCAGACAAGGCCAUCAAC